AUAUAUAUAUAAUAUCAGGUAAGGGUAUGUCUUGCGACUGCGCGCAUGACUUUCAAAGUCCACAAAAAACGCGGUGCAGCGUCAGACCAUCGGCAAACUUUCGAUGAGAAAUAUUUUGCUGUGGAUAAUUUAAAUUAUUUGCCAAUAUUUGAUGACCUUGGCUGCUAUUUGAUUAUAUCUAACUGCAGUUGGUUGACUCUUUUACCAUUUGGACGAUAAAAAGAAAAAGGAUAACAAGAUGGCGAUCGCAGCUUCUAAAGUUCACGAGGUACGUGAGAUCACCAGAAUUGAGCGUAUUGGAGCACAUUCUCACAUCAGAGGCCUGGGAUUAGAUGACAGCUUGGAGCCUCGAAAUGUUUCUCAAGGAAUGGUUGGCCAAUUCCAAGCGCGCAGAGCUACAGGCAUAAUUCUAGAAAUGAUUAAGGAGGGUAAAAUAGCUGGUAGGUCAGUCUUGCUGGCUGGCCAACCAGGGACUGGUAAGACUGCAGUGGCUCUGGGUCUGGCCCAGUCCUUAGGUGCAGAUACACCUUUUACACUCAUGGCUGGCUCUGAAAUCUAUUCACUGGAGAUGAGCAAAACAGAAGCCUUGACUCAGGCUAUAAGAAAGUCAAUAGGAAUCAGAAUCAAGGAAGAGAGCGAAAUCAUCGAAGGCGAGGUUGUAGAAAUUCAAGUGGACAGACCAGUUUCUGGUGUAGGAGCAAAAGUUGGUAAGCUCACCUUGAAAACUACAGAAAUGGAAACUAUCUAUGACUUGGGAAACAAGAUGAUUGAAUGUCUUAUGAAGGAGAAGGUUCAGGCUGGAGAUGUCAUAACUAUAGACAAAGCCACUGGUAAGAUCAGCAAGCUUGGUCGUUCCUUUACAAGGGCUCGUGAUUAUGAUGCAACUGGACCACAGACAAGGUUUAUUCAAUGUCCUGAGGGAGAGCUACAGAAGAGAAAAGAAGUAGUCCACACUGUGACAUUGCAUGAAAUUGAUGUCAUAAACAGCAGAACACAUGGAUUCUUGGCCCUAUUUUCUGGAGAUACCGGUGAAAUUAAAUCAGAAGUAAGAGAACAGAUAAACCAAAAAGUAGCUGAAUGGAGAGAGGAAGGAAAAGCUGAAAUUGUGCCUGGAGUAUUAUUUAUUGAUGAGGUACACAUGCUGGAUAUUGAGUGUUUUUCAUUUCUUAACAGAGCUUUGGAAAAUGAAAUGGCACCAGUUGUCAUAAUGGCCACAAAUAGGGGUAUCACAAGAAUUAGGGGUACUAACUACAAAAGUCCACAUGGCAUUCCAAUUGAUUUGCUAGAUCGUAUGAUAAUUGUCCCAACCAUUCCAUACCAAGAAUCAGAACUCAAGGAAAUUUUAAAAAUAAGAUGCGAAGAGGAAGAUUGUGAAAUGUCAAAUGAUGCCUUAUUAGUUCUUACCCGUAUUGCACUUGAAACUUCCUUGAGGUAUGCUAUCCAGUUAAUCACCACGUCGUCUCUGAUUAGCCGAAAAAGCAAGAACAUCGAAGUAGGCGUGGAUGAUGUGAAACGCGCGUACACGCUUUUUAUGGAUGAAAAUCGAUCUUCCCAGUUCCUAAAAGAGUAUCAAGAGGAUUUUAUGUUUUAUGAAGCAGAAGAACCGGCAGAAAUGGAAGUAGCAUAAGAAAAAAACCUGAAAUUUUUGUACAAGAUAUAUUAUAAGGAACAAAAAACUAUUGAUCUACCUUAAAUUUAUACUAGAUAUCAUCGAGUAAUUUAACAACAAAAUAAAUUUUGAUUUAUAUAAAAA